AUGUCGCGCCCCCUGAAGCAUAGAGAUAUAGCAUGCGCUCGCUGUUUUCGACAUAAGCGGAAAUGUGAUCAUGCGAAACCUUCAUGUGGCGAAUGUCGUCGCAAGGGUGCUGAAUGCUUGCCUGCUCGGUCUCGGAAAACGGGAGAUAACAUCACAAUCCCGCUGGAAUAUCUGCGACAGCUCGAGAAACGGGUCGCGGAGCUGGACCGUGAGUUCCAUGUCACAGAAACAGCUGUGCGAACAUGUGAUGCUGGAGUCCAGACAGAUUUUGAAGACCCAGAACACAAGCGUAAUGAUCUGGGCAAUGAUCCAGACUAUCUGAUAACUGAUCAGAAUAGUAGCGGAGCAGGGAAUGACCGCUCUCUCAUGGUUCUGUCAGACUUGCAACACAGCAGCCAAAGAUCACCUCGAACAUCUCCAUUGCCUUUCUCAUCUGACACUGACACAUUCUCUUUAUUCCCUGAGACGACUUUCGACGUUCCAUGGAUUGACUUGGCACCUUCAUAUUCUUUGACCGGUGACGACUCUCCUUGGCUGAAAGAGCUCUACACAAAUGUAUAUUUUUCUGUGACUCACCGCGAAUGGCCCUUCUUAAACGAAACAGCUUGGAAAUCAUGGCAUGCUGAAACGAUCCUGGAUGGGCAGGAUGAAUGGAAAGCCUUCUUCCUGCAGAUGGUAUAUGCUAUUGGUGCAUCCCUUUGCAGUAAUUUACAGCGAGAUCCCUCGCACUCCGUCCGGUCAAAGGAAUAUUAUGCCUCGGCCAUGAGAUAUUAUCCAUAUGUUGUCGGGCAUUCGUCUAUGGUUUUACAAAUCCAAGCUUCACUAUUCAUGAUACUCUAUGCUAUGCAUUCUCCUUCUUCGGAGGAUAUCACAACGAGCGUCUCUUCUGUGUUACCUUUCUGUACAGCUGCCAUGACAGAGAUACAGAAGCACGUAUCGAUAUGCCGCGACAAUGGCUCCAUGACCGAGUCUAUCGAAGUUUUGUCUGAGAACAUGUUUAUCACUUGCUAUAUGCUCAAUGAAGUAAUUGUUUCUGGGUGGGAUCGACCAGUAUCAGCCGCCUACAAGGUUGUCGACGAUGAUAUGUGCACUCUGGGAGAUACCCUCCAACCAACCCUAAGCACAAACCCCGCCAUACGCCACUUGUUUCGACUACGCAAGAUCCAAGCUAGCAUCAGGAGAUCACGGGAGAAGCGGCCCCGCAACCCCCUCGCUAGAUAUGGUAAAGGCGAUAGCUCCUCAUUCAAGGCUGCGCUUGAUAGAUGGCGACAAGAGAUCCCAAACUAUGAAUCAGACAAUGCUCAGCACGGCUAUCUUCAUCCUAUAUGGAUGCGAAAGCUGUAUGUUUACAGUCUCUUGAUCCUGAUAGAAGAGAAACGCGAUUUCAUUGAGAUGGACGGAACAGAGGAAAUUCUCACGACGAUUGGGGAAGCCUGUCUCAAUUUCCGGCUCUUGCAGGAAGAAGGACAUGUGAUGUGCUAUACCUGGUCUGCACUUGUAUUCCAAUUCCGAUCAGGAAUCAUGAUGCUUUACAUUGUCUGGGCGACAGCCUCUAUUUCUGAUAUUAGGAAUCAACAGCGCAUCAGACAGGCCAUUGCUACAUGUACGGCUAACUUGGCUGGCUUUGUCGAACGGUGGAAGGAUGCAAUGCCGUAUAUGAAUGUGCUUGAGUUCAUACGACAAAAGAUCAUGUGGAAUGCUGGCACAUUUGAAGUCGAUUCUAAUGCUCCAGUGUCACUGGAAGAGGCUGAAUUUCACUUGCAGCAGUUGAGGAAGAAUUAUUUGCACCGAGCUGUCUUGGGGAUGAUUGAAGAUAUGAUGUACGGGGGAAGUAUACACUAG